ACCUAUGACGGCUGAGUCACUUUAACGCUACUCUGUUUCUGGCUGUUCUUUCGAUAAAAUUAUUGUCAAUUAGGCUUUAGGGAUUCAAAAAGUGAAGGCGAUUGUGUGCUGUUUUACUCUUUGCAUUACUUGUUUCGCUUGUGUCACGCAAGCAGUCUUUGUCACGGUAUUGAGAUUGUAGUGAAUACAGUUCUCCUCUUUGAAGGUAAACAUGUUGCUUAGAAGUGUCCAGUUGACUCUGAAGCAUUGAGGAUCCUAAUAUCAUUCCUGUAUAAACAUGGAAAAAGAAGACAUGAUAGAUGACAAGCAUUCAACAGCUUUUAAAAUCAACUGGUCCUCUUCAAACAUUCCUUUUAACUUUGAUGUGAACAGGGCACUACCUUCAAACCUUGGACAGAGCUACACACACCAAACAUUACUAGAACAUGGUCAGCAGUUUUCCAAGAAACUUCUCCCAUCUAAAACAAAAUUUCGAACACAUGCCACAGUUAAGGUUUCACCACUGGGAUGUGAUCAUUUGGCAGAGAGGAAAUUGAGAGACUCUGUACAAAAAUCUGAUACAAACACACUGUUUGAACUGAUCAGUAAAGGUGUAAAUGUCUCUAGUCCUGACUCAAAACACAGAACUGCUCUUCAUUUUGCUGCAGCACAAGGAAAUGAUCAAACCUUAAGGGUUCUACUUGAAAAUGGAGCUAAUCCCAAUGCAAAAGAUCUAAAUGGAAACACGCCUCUUCAUCUGGCGGCAUGUACAAAUCAGGUUAAGAUAGUGACCCUCCUUCUACAAGCAGGAAGCGAUGUCAAUGCUUCGGAUUUCAGCGGAAAAACACCACUUGACCUCGCAAACUCCAGGUUAAGAGUUCUUUAUAGUAAUCAGAACAUUAGAGGAAAGCCGUCAAUCUAUUGUGAGGAAGUUAAGCAAGUUAUAGAGAUGAUCAAGGCAUACAUGUCAAGCCUUGGAAAUACAAAGGCAGAGAAAACACUGGAUCAACUCCAUAGCAUGCUCGGAGAUUCCACCACUACAGAAGAGGUUGAUGAAGUUCACUCUUUGCUGGCCAGUUUUACAACGAUGAAUCUUUCGCACAAUGGUAAAGACAGGACGUAGGAUUAUUGAUUGAAAUCAAUUUUGACUUUCAGUCUAUUAGGCACAGGAAUUUAGAAUUCAUCUCAAGUUUGACAUGCAACAAGCAAAAUCUUCUUUGGACAAUGGUAUUUUGUUGAAUUUUAACUGGAGAUAGCAUUCUGUUUACCCUUGAACUCUCAUGAGUGACCAAGACAGAAUUUCUCCUUACAAUAUCAAUAUAAUC